AUGCAUCCCGUCAAAUUUCCCCCAUUCUCUGUCUUGGCCGGGAUCACAGCUCUUCUUGCCGCUCGUGCGGUGGAGGCUGUCCCACCACAGCACCCGAGAGCGACCGCUGCCCCAAGCAAGGACUUGUCGCUGCUGGCCGACCAGCCCAACUUCCCCUUUGACCCCAGCACGAGUGCAAAGUGCACAUGGUGGGUGGACAACGAUGGAUGGAUUAGCUGUACGGAGAUGUUGAGUGAAUGGGGGAUUAGCCUGCAAGACUUUCGGAGCUGGAAUCCAUCCAUCACGGCCCAGUGUGGUAACUACGUUGUAGGGCGGUCCUACUGUGUUGAGGCACCAAUCACUUCCACUUCGACAUCAAGCACAAGCACCACCAGAUCGACCUCCACAAGCACCACCAAAUCGACUUCCACAAGCCCCACCAAUGGCAUCCAGACGCCCCAGCCUACCCAGCCCUACAUGGUGGGAGACUGUGACCAGUUCUACCUUGUCAAGGCUGGCGAUACCUGCGCCACCAUCGGUGCUGCGUACGGCAUCGGCACCACGCGCCUGAUAUCCUGGCAGCCAUCCAUCGGCACAAGCUGCCAAAGUCUGUGGGCCAAUGCCUACGUCUGCGUGCACACCAUCGGCUUCCAGCCCCCGACCUUCAAUUCGUGCAGCUCGUUGGCGACGGACAAGACCUGGGGUGGCAACAAGGACGCGGCGCUGAGCGCGGCCGCGCAGUGGUGCAAUACCGGCGGCGGCGGUAGCGGCGCGUACGGCCUCGCGGCGGCCAAGACGGGUUGCUACAAUGCUCCGCUGGGCGUGAACAAGUUCGAGUUCCAGAUCAGCAACAACUUUGGCAGCCCCGCGAACCUGUCCGUGGCCAAAUGCAAAGAGCUUGCGCAGUAUCUGGUCAACACGUGCGAGAGGGGCGGGAGCGGCUCGCAGGAGGGCUGGAGAUUUUGGUGA